GGUAAGCAGUAAAAUGGCGCUGCUGGUCGGAGGAAGGCUGGUUACCGGGGUUGGAGCGGUGGCAAUCAGAGGUGGAGGCUGGAAUUGUGUUUGCCAGAAAUCUACGUAUACUGCUCUUCCCAAUGACUAUAACUGUAAAGUUGAACUUGCAUUGACGUCAGAUGGACGGACAAUUGUUUGUUAUCAUCCAUCGGUGGACAUCCCAUACGAACACACCAAGCCCAUCCCACGACCAUCCCCUGUGGAGAAUAAAGAGGAGACUCACGAACAGGUACUAAAGGCCAGAUUAGAAAAAGAAGGGCUGCAAGAUAAACAGAGGCCUACAAUCGAAGAACUCAGCAAAAUGUUCUACACAACGAAACACCGUUGGUAUCCAUUUGGACAGUAUCACAGGCGAAGGAUUAAUCCCAAUCCACCAAAAGACAGAUGAAGCAGAUGAUUCAGAUUCAGAUUGAAGACAGUGAUUUCACCACAAGUCAGCUUUGGUUACUGGUGUCUUGCUGCAUUCCACUGUAAAGAAAAGAACUUUGGUUCAUUGCUGAUUUGUAAUCACUGUAUCUAUUUGCUGUUUUACAUUUACAUUGUUUAUGAAGCAUAUCUGUAUUUAAAAGUGAAGUCUUUCAUGGUAUGAGGAGUGUAAUGAUCUUGUUCAAUGGUUGAUGAUAAUUAUAAUUAUUGGAAAUACUUAAUGCAAUAAAAUCUUAAAAUUAAAUAUUUGCAUCUUAGAUUUUGUCUAAGAAGCUGUUGACCUACUAGAAUUAAACUCAACCUGUCAUUUUGAUAAAUAUAUCUACUUAAGGCAAAUAGUUGACUUGAAGUCUUACUAAACCUAAAGCCCAAAUGAGGCAAUUUUAUCACCCAAAAGCUGCUUUGUGUGCUUUAUUUUGGGUUGCUAACAAUAGACUGCAAUGGUGUAAAGUAAUUGUGUUAAAACAUCUCAAAAAAUUUGCUUGGAAUAAAGUUUUAAUAUUUCCCACAACUUCCUUUGUGAUAGAGAUGCUCUUACAAUUUUCAUUUCUUGAUUGUCAUGUUUUUAUUCAAUUAGUAACUAUACUCAGUGGCCAUUAUUAGGUACAGAAGGUACAUAAUAAAGUGGCUAUUAAGUGUAUUUCUGUAUGUUCAUGGUCUUCUGCUGCUGUAGCCCAUCUAAUUCAAGGUUCAACUUAUUGGACAUUCAGAGAUGCUGUUCUCCAGAACACUGUUGUAAUUCAUGUUUUUUUAAGUUACUGUAUCCUUAAACUAUUCUAGCCAUUUUCCUCUGACCUCUCUUAUUAACAAGGUGUUUUUGCCCACACAACUGCUGCUUACUGGAUGUAUUUUUGUUUAUGGCACCAUUCUCUGUACACUUUAAAGAAUUCUGUGAGAAAAUCACAGGAGAACAGCCGUUUCUGAGAUACUCAAACCACCCCAUCUGGCACCAACAAUCAUUCCACAGUCAAAGUCACUUAGAUCAUAUUUCUUCCCCCAUUCUGAUGUAUAGUCUGAACAACAACAGUCUCUUGACCACAUCUUCAUUUUAUUAAGCAUUGAGUUGCUGCCACAUGAUUGGCCGAUUAGAUUAAUGAGCAGGUGUAUCAAAUAAAGA